CUGGGAAUGGACCUGGUCAUCGUCCACUUCAUCCUCCCCGUGGUGAUGGAACACCUCAAGAUCAGGGGGCCCGUGAGAAAGGCAGCGUGCUGGGUGCUCUCGGCGGCCUGCGGUGUUACCGGCACGAGGAGGCUUCUCCUUCACCCAGCACUCGUAGCGGGCGAUAUAUCGGAGAAAAUAUCGGGCGAGCGCAGCGAGCCGUGAUGGGGGCGAGCGAAGCGAGCCCCCCCAUCGGCCCCCCCCGGCUGGUGAGGGGGCCUCGCCGGAGGCGCCGCCGGAGGCAGAAAAUUUGGUGCAUUUUCCUUUCAUUUCCCGUCAAAAUGGGCCCAAAUGCGGCAUCAAAAAGGGCUUGACUUCAGCUGCAAACAUCGCACGGAAUGUAGAAAAAAAAAAAAAAGAUUAAGAUUGAUGUAUUGUCGCGUAUCCUCAGCAGUACCCUCCUUCGGUCUCUCCCUGUGUCUACUUCCCGGUUGGUUCUGGACAUGGUGCUGUUGUCUGCUGUUUCUGCGCUGCUGUGCUGUGUGUGUGUGGCGUACAGGGGCUCCGUACUGCUGCGCAUACCCUAAAUUUGAUUCACGGAGCCCCUAAGAAAACAUCGGUCGGAACAUCGGCACGAAUUUUCGAUACCGAUAUCGAUAUAUAUCGGACGAUAUAUAUCGUGUACAUCGUUCCGAUUCACAACUCUAGUUCUUCACCUUGCCACCGCCGUGUUUUUUGUUUUUUGUUUUUCCACUUUUGCUUUGUUUUUCGGGCGCCGUUCUAGUUUCACGCUGACGGUGCGCCGCCUGAAAAGAGGAGGGCUGACUGGCUGGUGGUGGUGUUGAGAUCGGGGAAGGCGUGACGAUGGCCGUGAAAAACCAAGCGGAUCGAAAGAGACAAAAAAAAAAAAAGCCCUGGCAACCGGGGAAGGGAGGAAGGAGCAGAUCGUUCGUCUCCUCAGUCCUGCCUUCACCUCCUGCCUGAAGCGGCAGCCCGAGCGUUCCCUCUCCCUUGUGUUUGCUGCUGCUGCUGCUGCUGCUGAGAUCGUCCUGUCAUGUUGGUUGUUUUCAUCCUGUCAGUGUUGGUUGUUUUCGUCCUGUCAGUGUUGGUUGUUUGCUUCCGCCAGGGACGCCGUCGAUCGGCGACGCGUGCCCAAAACACUUGGGCUUCGUGGUUUCACUUGCCACCACACACGCCUCAAAGAGUCAACCUUCCAUCCCCGCCACAUAUACAACGACCGCGGGCUACGUCAUUAUGCGUGUACGGACAAGUUUUUUUGUUUGUUUCCACUGCGACUGGCGUCGUUUCUUCGGCAGACCGAUCGGCAUGAGCUGAGCACUCUUCCCCAAAGAACCACACGACGGACACACACCCCACGCUCACUCCCGCUGCCCUUCUCGCCCCCCUUGUAGGGAUGCGAGGUCAAUGGUCUACAACGACUAGAUGUAGUGCCAAUAUACCCUACCUCCCGUACAGCUCUUCCAUUUUUUUGCACACGACUUUGUCUUCAUCUAUCCACCUACGGUCAUUCCUUGAUUUCGUUUCUUCGUACCUGCAUCGCGCGCAAUCCAUCCCCUAGGACGAGGCGCUGGUGCCAACGACCCCGACGACCUCGAUGACAUCGAGCUACCCCAGCCGCAAGCCCCGCCGCCGCAGAUCCCGCCUCUUCUGGUGCUUGACAAUCCUCAGCCACCGGCCGGAGGGGGGGCACAGCAGCAGCAGGCAGGCGACGGCGAGUUGAACGAUAACGAAGGGGGCCCCGCAGAUGAACGGGGGGUUGGGGAGGAGGGUGGUGGUGGUGAUGAUGCAUAUGGCGUAGGCGGAGAGGCGC